AUGUGGAAAAUACUGUUUAGCGGGCUUAUUCUUAUGUACACGAUCUAUUCGGCUUUACCUGAGCUGUGUACGUCGGUGACGCCAAUCAACAAUCAUAAUGUGCUGUUUGUAACUGCUCACCCGGACGAUGAAGUGAUGUUCUUCGGCCCGCUUCUGCGAUACACCCUCAAUCCCAAGUGGAACAACACGGUCAAUUUGCUUUGUCUUUCGACAGGCGAUGCAGACGGCCAGGGUGAAGUUCGUGUUAAGGAAUUAGGCUACGCGGCCUACAUGGUUGGUCUCCCCCCCGCUAACGUUUCGGUGGUUGAUGAGCCCGCCCUGCAGGAUUCGAUGGAUGCGCAGUGGGAUCCGUCUGUGGUUUCUGAGGUUGUUGCAAAAUAUGCCAAGGAAUUUGAUUCGUCUAUUUUCAUCACGUUCGACGACUAUGGCGUUUCUGGUCAUCCUAACCACAUCGCCGUGUCCAAGGGUGUUGAAAAAUAUGCAAAUGAAGCAGCAGUUCCCGGAGAUGAGCUAUUAGUAGUGCAAUUGCAGAGCGUACCCAUUUACCGCAAGUACCUGUUUGUGAUCGACGCUGCUUUCUCGCGGAUCUUGGAUAUCAUGGACGGUCGCGGCACAGUGUUUUCGGGACAGACCGACUACCACCGGGUUCGUCAGGCUAUGACUUCUGGACAUAAAUCUCAAAUGACUUGGUUCAGAUAUCUAUAUGUUUCAUUUUCUCGUUACAUGAUUGCCAACUCCGGCAACGGCUGGCCACGAUGA